GUUCGGGGUUCUAGGGGCUGUGUUCCAAGCCUCGUUUUAAAAGCUCGGGAAAGUCAGUACUUCGUUAUACCGGGAUUUUCAGGGAAGGACAGGAUAAGACACCUGUCCACACAAUCACACUCCAACCUCUCCAUCUUGGCCAAGAACAAAGGGCUUUCUAAGGACAACAGAGAAGCAGCUAGCAUCAACAUACUGUUAUAAUUCUGGUAAAGCAUCCAGUUCUAGAAUUAUGAAACCUUGGACAAUCGAUUUUAAAUGUUAAAGCAUUGAGUCUCACUUCAGUUUGAGUUUGUACCUUAUUCCAACCAGAAAUAAAUGAAAUUUGAUGGUUCUUGCCAUUCCCAUCAAAAAAAUAUUAUACUUUCCUAUCUUCAGAAGAACGCAAUACUUUUUUAAAUUAAGUCUAUAAAGGAAUCUUUCAAUUGCUCACAAUUUUUUUUCUGCCAUGUCUUUGUGGUUUGGUAAACAACUCAUUAAGCCAACAGUUAUCUUCUUAAGGACGGAGUUGUCUUUUGCCCUUGUGAAUAGGAAACCAGUGGUACCAGGACAUGUGCUAGUUUGUCCUAUAAGGCCUCUGCAACGUUUUAAAGACCUGAUGCCUGAAGAAAUAAAUGACCUCUUUAUCACAGUACAGAGAGUAUCCAGCAUAGUAGAAAAACACUUUGUUGGCACUUCUCUAACCAUCUCAAUCCAGGAUGGUCCAGAAGCAGGACAAACUGUUCCUCAUGUUCAUGUGCACAUUUUACCCAGGAGAACAGGGGAUUUUGAAAAAAAUGACACUGUGUAUGAAGUUUUGCAUAACGAUGAUAAAGAAGAACUGUCAGCUUCAGAGAAGUGGAGAUCUGAGGAAGAGAUGAAAGCAGAGGCUGAUGAACUCAGAAAGUAUUUCUACUGAAAUGUCUAUUGCUGCAAAUUUUUCAUUUCACCUUUUUAUUGCACAUAUUCACAAUGUUAUUAAACUGACAUUAUAAACUACUGUACACUUGUAGAUCAAUGCUAUUUACCCUUUAGUGACUAACCUGUUUUGGGCCUUAGUGACCAAGCGUUAUUUAUUUUAUUUUUUUUCAUUUUUCCUUCUUCUCAUUCCAGGAGCUAUAACGUUUUUAUUUUUCCACCAACUUAACUUUGAGGGCUUGUUUUUUGCAGGACAAGUUGUAGUUUUCAAUGGCAGUGUUUUGGGAUGCACGGAACUUGCUGACUAACUUUUAUUAACUCUUUGUGGGGGAUGGGAAAAACAUCAACAUUACCACUAAGUUUUUACAUCUCCACAUCCCAAGAAUCAUAACUGUUUUUUUUUUUUUUUUUUUUCUGGAUUU